CUUCCUCUUCAACUAAGUUGCUUCACUCUCCACUUUAUAAUAUCAACUUCAUUCUAAACAAUUAGAAAGAACAAAUUAGACAUGUCUCCACAAACAUAAAGAAUAUUAGUUGUUUAAGGAAGAUAUAUUAUUUGGAAUAUUAAAUAUACCGACAAAGUAAUUAUAUGUGUGUGGGCGGGUACCCAUGGGGCGGAUUUACCUAAACCCAAACCCAACCCGACCCGAUAAAUAAUGUAGCGGGUUUAAACCCGAACCCGACCCAAAACCCGUCAACACGGGUUUUACCCGCGUUGACAUGGUUGGGUCGGGUGGGUACCCGUGCGUUCGGGUUUACAAACCCUCUCUUCCUUUAUAUACUAACACCCUACUCAAUUGACCAAAAUACCCUUCUGAUACCUACAAAUAACCCGUUGUAAUAGAGCCUCCACCAGGUCGCAGAACCAAAAAAUAUCCAUGGAGAUUCGAACCACUGACCUUCAGCCAAGUUCUAUACAAAGACAAAUGUUUCAACCACUUAUGCUACUACGAAAGCAAUUGUUACAUUUACUUUUCGUUCAAUUCUGGCCAUUAAUCAAGCUUAAGAUUUCAAAAACCAUCAUUUACGUCUAAAUCUCUUAAAUACUUAAUCAUGUUGAGUUUAUGGGACCGGAGCUCAAAGGUUAUCUUCAACUAAUUUACAAACCAAUCAUGUAGAGUUUAGGCAAAAUACACAUGUAUAGUCAUAACUUUCACACUUUUGACAAAUAUAGCCAUUUCUAUUCGAAAACCACAAAUAGCCAAUUCCGUCCAUUUUGGUAACGGUGUUAGUAGACGUUAUGACUGUACUAACGGCUUGCGCUGAGUUGGCCACUGAGUUACCCCACCUUCCGACGUGGAAAUCAGACGUGGAAAUGAAAAAAACAAAAAAAAAGUUUUAAACAAAAAGAAUAAAUUAACACAAAAUCCCCAAUAUAACCACAUGAAAUCCCUAAAAUCUAUUUUCUCCAUUGUUGUUCUCCGAAGCUUCCCUAAAAUCUAUCCCUAGAAAUCAACGCUUCAAUCGACACCCUCUCUGCUGGCUGGAUCCCUCGAGGCCGAGAAGCACCUCAAGCCGCCGCCGCAACGCAUCGCCACCUGAAAUACCACCACCAGUAGCACUUCUUCAUCCUCAAUUGUCGUCGCCGUCAUCAUCGUCUUCUUUACCCCUGCGGUGGAGAUGAGAUUUGGGUAGGAGAGAUGAUGACCCGCAGGGUUCGGCCCAAAUCAGGUCGAGGCGAUCGGGCUCUGCCGUAGAGACCUCGACCCGCCGAAUUGCCGAUCCUGCAUCAAACUCUCCGAAUCAGAAGGAAGCAAUCACGUAUUACAAUUUAUGUAUGCAACGCUACUCCAGCCCAUCAUUUCGCAGCAACUCCGACCUCCUAGAAUUCGCUCUGAUCCCACCGCCGGUCGGAGGGGGGAUUUGCAGGGUCCUUUGUGGAACCGAAAUUGCCGUCAUCAUCGUCUUCCUUUACCCCUACGGUGGAGAUGAGAGUUGGGUAGGAGAGAUGAUGGCCCGACCUGCAAAAAAGGGGGCAAGGGCGGCGGUGAAUAGCGGAAACAGAGGGUCGCGAAUCGUCAUCCUCCCCCACUUCCGACGAAAGCUGAGAUGGGUGGCGAAUCUGGAGAUGAGCUACUCGAUUUGGGGGUUUUCGGAUGGGUUUGAGAACUGAGUUUGGGUUCUUCUUUGUCGAUUGAAACUUGAAAGAGAGAAAAAGGAUCUGGGAGCUAUGUAGGCGGAUUAGAAUUGGAGUGGAAGUGAAGGAGAAUAUGCGGAUGAUGAUGGAAAGGGCACGCUUAAUCAUCUCCUUUUUUGUUUAAUUAUAUUUUUUUUUGUAGGUGUAUAGAUCUAGGAGGAGAGAGAAGAAGGAUAAUUUUUUUGAUUUAUUAAUUAAUUUGUUUUCAAAUUAAAAUAUGACAUGGCACUUACGUGGCAAGUGUUGUUGAGUUGUCGCUGACGUGUCCUAUGAUUUGGCAUCCUAAUCAGCGUAGCGUUAACCUAACUGACGGAGUUUCUAAAACCGUUAAAGUUUUUAACUAAAAUGGCUAGAUUUGUCACACGACCAUCCAAUUUCUUGGCUAUUUUGUGUUUUCGGAUAGUUAUGGCUAUAUUUGUCAAAAACGUAAAAGUUAUGGCUAUACAAGUGUAUUUUGCCUAGAGUUUAAAUAACAUGUCAAGAUUUAU